GAGGUAAAUAUAAUAUAGUAAUUUCGAGAUAAUUUGAAUAUUUUGGAUAUCCGACGAAGGGGCAGGUCCGGUUCGUGUUCGGAUCCGGGUUCGAUAAAUUAUGAUCCGAGGGAAGUUAACAGUGCUUCGUCCUGUUGUUUAUAUAAAAUAAAACUUUCCGUCUGAUUCAAAAGUAACAAUGGCCAUCACCGGAAGACCCGCCGAUAAUGGAAAAUCAACGGAACAAAGGGUAGUAGGAGAGUCGGAAGUCAAAAGUAAUUUGGUUGCAGAAGGACGGCUUGUGAAGAACUUAAAUGCUUGUAGGGCCAAAUUUCAGGAUAUUUAUCAGAGAAAACGUGUAGCUGCUGCUGGAAAUCUUUCUGGUAUUGAUGAUUCUGAGGUUGUUGGAUAUCUCAAUAACAAGAAGGAGAUUCAUUACAAGAAGAUCAUAUGGGAAAAAAUGAAUAAAGAGUUUGCUAAGGGUAAUGAUAAACUACAUGCGAAGAAAAGAAAACGGGAAAUUGGACAUAAAAAGGAUGUCCAUGCUAAAAAAUCUGCUAAAACAACGGAAAAAGUUGAGAACAAGAGAACAAGUUCAAAAAUAAAUUACAAUGCUUUGCAGAAGCUGACUGAUGAAUUGAAGCAAGUUCCUGUAGAGGCAGAGCUAGGAGGACUGGAACCUAAGGCCUGUGCAAAUGGCGAUUCAGCUGAAAACCUGAAGAUUGGAUUCCAUGAGUUUGAACAGGAGAACAAAUAUGGUGAAUAUGAUGACUCGUUUAGAGAAAAUGAUGAUAGUUCAUAUUAUGGAUAUGGAACUGGAUACCAUAGCAAUAGUGAAGAUUUUGACGCGAAUUAUUGAAUUGUAAAAUUUAUAGAAUAUCUCUUUUUGUUAUUUUUACUGAAAGCUGUAGGAUGCAAAGAAACAAUAGAGUAGAAGGGUUAAACAAUUGAAUGAGCCUUUUAGUUUCUGGGGUUAGAAAUGCAGCAAGGACUUACAUUUUACCCUACUCUUGAGGUGAAAACCAAAAAUUGCUCCUCUCCA